CUAACAUUUUCUUUUUUUUUUAAAAAUUUUACUCAUAUAAGUUUAAAUUAGUUAAACUGAAUUCCCUAAAAACAAAAAAUCCCUAAGUGUCGCUCACCACCUCCACCUGUCCAGCGCCGCUGCCCGUCGACAACCAUCUCCACUCCGGCGGCCGCUUUGUCUUCCGCUUCUUCUGUCACCAGCGCCCAUCAACGUUGCGUCGUCCCGCUCGUUCCUCCAUCAAGACACUUUCGUCAUUCCGGUCAAGCUGCUGUUUCCUCUGUCGCCGGCGUUCACCACUGCCGUCGUAUUCUCCGCUCCAGCCUUCAGUCGUCGCCUUCCCGCUGUGCCGCCGGUCAAUCUCAUCCAAUUCCAGGUGAUUCUAGAUGGGAGAGGCUCGGGAUGGGGUGCAGGUAAAGAGAGUGGUUUUCGUUACAGUGGGAACAACAUGUUUUGAUGCACUUGUUAAAGUGGCGGAUUCUCAGGAAGUUAAGGACGAGUUAUAUAGAAGAGGGUAUACUGAUCUUCUCAUUCAAAUGGGUCGAGGGUCAUAUCUUCCUACAAAGUCUACUGGUGAUGAUGGAUCUUUGGCUGUAGACUACUUCACAUUUUCAUCGAGCAUCGCGGACCAUCUGAGAUCUGCAUCGCUUGUGAUCAGUCAUGCGGGUUCUGGGAGCAUAUUUGAGACCUUGCAGCUUGGCAAACCUCUAAUUGUUGUUGUCAAUGAAGAUUUGAUGGAUAAUCAUCAGAGUGAGUUAGCAGAAGAACUGGCAGAGAGAAAACAUUUAUAUUGUGCUCGUCCUCUGACACUCCACCAAACCAUAGCCAGUAUGGAUUUGAAUUGUCUUGUUCCGUACUCUCCGGGAGAUGCCACACCAGUGGCCAAACUGAUAAAUAGGUUUCUUGGUUUUCCAGAAGAGUCAUGAGCUUGAAUAUAAUAUAAAAAAAACUGAGCAGUCCUAGGGAAAGCUUCUUGCAUCAAUGACCCCAACUAAAGAUUUAUGUUUCAAUAUUUCUUCCCUUAUAGAAUGUUGCCUAGUGAGUUUGCAUAGGCAUCAUAUAUUGUCACAAAAUUUCACCCAUGUUGCAGGUAUUCUAAAAACAUGUAAUGUUAUAUUAACCAUUGAAAAUGGAAAUCUUCUGGCCUUCUCUGUUUC